AUGUUCGCGGCUUCGAGCAGAAACCGUCUCUCCACUCUCCCCCGGACCCGUCUCUCCCCCGCCAAUUCACUCCUCGCCAGAUCCGCUGUGACACCCAUAAUGGCACCCCGGCGCAAAGCAUCUUCGGUCCCUGAGGGCUACAAAGAAGACCUCUCCAAAGGCAACAUGCUCAGAUUCGAAGACUCCCUCCCCCGUCUGCCGGUCCCCUCUCUGGAAGAAACGGGCCGUCGCUACCUCAAGUCCGUCCACGCGCUGGUCUCCGAGGCCGAAUAUGAGCGCACCAAGAAGGCCGUGGAGGCCUUUGUCCGCCCGGGUGGUGAGGGUGAGCCCCUUCAGGAAAGGUUACUCGCCCGCGCCGCCGACCCCAAGAUUAAGAACUGGCUUCUUGAGUGGUGGAACCACGCCGCGUACCUGGGCUACCGGGACCCUGUCAUCCCCUACGUUUCCUACUUCUACUCCUACCGCGACGAUCGCGCCCGUCGGGACCCCGCCAAGCGCGCCGCCUCGGUUGCCACUGCCGCCCUGGAGUUCAAGCGCCAGGUCGACGAUGGCUCCUUGGAGCCUGAAUACAUGCGCGGCCAGCCCAUGGCUAUGAGCACCUACCAGUACAUGUUUAACUGCUGCCGUAUCCCGGGUGACAGUGUCGACUACCCCCAGAAGUUCCCGGCUCAGGACAACGAACACAUUGUGGUCGUGCGCAAGAACCAAUUCUUCAAGGUGCCUUUGACCGUCAAUGGCAAGCGCCUGAACAACUCCGAGCUGCAGCGCCAGUUUGAGCGCAUCUACGAGGUCGCUCAGCCGGCUCCGGCGGUCGGCGUCUUGACCGUCGCUAACCGCGACCUGUGGGCCGACGCACGGAAGAAGCUGCUGGCCGCGCACCCGGCCAAUGAGCAGGCAUUGCGGGACAUCGAAUCCAGCGGAUUCCUCGUCUGUCUGGACAAUGCCACCCCUGUCACCCUGGAGGAGCGUGCUCACCAGUACUGGCACGGUGAUGGCACCAACCGCUGGUUCGACAAGCCCCUGCAGUUCAUCAUCAACGACAAUGGUACCGCCGGGUUCAUGGGUGAGCACAGCAUGAUGGACGGCAGCCCCACCCACCGCAUGAAUGACCACCUGAACAACCUCAUCUUCAACCACAAGAUCGACCUCUCCGAGAAGCCCGUGCGGUCUGACCUGCCCGACCCUCGUCCCAUCACUUUCCACCUGGACGGACCUGUGCUGGAGGCCAUCGACGCCGCCAACAAGGAGCACCGCCAGCAGAUCUCGUCGCACGAGCUCCGGGUCCAGGCCUACCAGGGCUACGGCAAGGGUCUCAUCAAGAAGUUCAAGUGCAGUCCGGAUGCGUACGUGCAGAUGAUCAUCCAGCUGGCCUACUUCAAGAUGUACGGCAAGAACCGCCCGACCUACGAGUCUGCCUCGACCCGCAAGUUCCAGGAGGGCCGUACAGAGACCAUCCGCACGGUAUCGGACGAGAGCGUUGCCUUCUGCAAGGCCAUCAGUGACCCUGCCGUGCCUCGCGAGGAGGCUGUCCGUCUACUCCGCUCGGCGCUGGCCGCCCACACGAAGUACACGGCGGAAGCCAGCGAUGGCCGUGGUGUGGACCGUCACUUGUUCGGUCUGAAGAAGCUGCUGCGUGAGGGAGAGAAGCUGCCUGCUCUGUACGAAGACCCGGCAUUCGCCUACAGUAGCUCGUGGUACCUGUCGACCAGCCAGCUGAGCUCGGAGUUCUUCAACGGCUACGGAUGGAGUCAGGUGAUUGACGAUGGAUUCGGCAUUGCUUAUAUGAUCAACGAGAACAGCUUGAACUUCAACAUUGUCUGCAAGCGCCUUGGAGCGGAGCGCAUGAGCUAUUACCUUAACGAGGCGGCAUCUGACAUGAGAGACAUGCUGAUGCCCGACUUGGCUGCCCAGAGCGAGAAGGCCAAGAUGUAA